ACGAUUCACUAUUUCGCUUCUUUCCUUUCAGGGUGAUGAUGUAACGGGACUUUCGCUGUCGCUGCAGUGAAGCAACGAUGUCCACACAAUGCAACCGCUUCGUGCAGAACGCCUGGAAGAAGGAACUCUGUUCGAACUGCUUCAAGCCGCGCGAGGAGCACACCUUGCCGGAAGAGACGUUCAGGCUGAACAUUGGCAAGGCUCUCAACUGUGGGAAAACGGACAAUGUUAAGAUACAGAGUAUCCUGCGGGGGAAGACGGUGUCGUCGCAAAAAGAUCAAAGGAAGAAGAGCGUGGCGUUCACAGAGCGGCUGACGGAGAUCAUCGGUUACGGUGGCGAUGACUUUUUCUCAGACGGUGACGAGGGGGACGAGCAAGACUUUGUGGAGUCUUUCAAUGAGGGCGACGACGCGUUGCCAGACAGCGAGGAGGAGCGAGCUCUGGGCAACCUGACGCGUGCCAAUACCAACUUCAACACGAUCACCGCCAACUUGUCGGAGAUCGUCUCGACGAACGAGACGAGCAAGCCGCCCGCUACGACGAAAUCCUUCGCGUCCUUGAUGCUCGGCAGGAUACAAAAGGACUCGGAGGGCAAGAAGACCACGUUGCUGGUCUCCGUCACGCCAUUCGGCGGCGACGAGACUCUGCCGACCGCGAAGAGGCCCAGCGACAAGAAGGUGAAUGGUUUCGUCAAUGGAUUCACCAACUUCUCCAAGUCUAAGACGGCGGAAACUGACAAAUCAGAGACGACGGCGAGGAGCACGAAGAAAGCCGACGUCGACGCGAAGAAGGACGAAAAGAAGGAUCAAAAGUACUCGCCCGGUAUGGAGAAGAUCGUGGACAUGCCCCUGAUCACGUCCAGCAAUUUAAUUUCUGUCGUUCAGCGGAACACGGAGCCCGGCUGCGAUUCCGACAGCAGCAAGAACAAAACGUCCGAGUCUAACGUAACAAACGCCGAGACAAACCCGGAGUGUGGUAAAUCGGACAAGAAGGGCGCCAAUUGGGCACUUCCUCGAAGCCAACCAACGAGAAAGUCCGACAACGAGAAAUCGAGGCUGCCUGCGCAAGGUUCGUCGAACGGCGUCAAGUUCGAGUGUGAAUUUGCCGGAAAGACUGGGAAGAAAGAGCAAGAGAACGACAAGGGUAUCGAGUUGACUCUGACGCCUUUGAAGAACGAAGCCUCUGACGACGCUGCCGAAAGCGACAGAUCCAUGCUCGUUCGUGGAAAAGAGGCCAGCAAAAUUUGCGUGUCGUUGAACGAGGGUAGAAAGCUCGUCGGAGACGAUCCUCCGUUGUCCGAGGUGCGGAAAGUGGAGGGCGAGGCUACGGUCGCGGAGAAGAGAUUCAGUUUCGAGGAAAGUCGAGAGUCGGCCGGCGAGCCGGAUGGAAAAGCGGACGAGGAGCAAGUGACGGAACCACCGGCUCUCCCGAACAGUCCUCCGCCCGUUGAGGCUAAAUCUCCUCUUCACGGCGAGACGCGCAACACGCCGGUCAUCACCACGGAACCCAGACCGUCAUUUCUGCACGGAGUAGUUCACACUGCGGAGUCGAAGGUGAAGCCUACAGUGCCUCAGAAGCCGACUAAUUUCUUGGCCAAGGCCGGCGCUGUUGCUUCCUCCGAUGGGAAUGCGAAGAAGAGUCACGUGCUGGCUCCUCCUUCGAUUCAAAGCGCCGGUGGAAAGCCUGUCUCCGCCGUUGCCGCAGGUGCCAACAGCGUCUCAUCUGCGGACCAGAUAACUUCGUUUCCACGCUUGGCGACUAUCAAAGACAAGCCGGAGGAUCAAGUUACCGCCGCCGCCUCGCUCGUGGAUCAGAAUCGCGGCUCUCACAACGAGAACGCUCCGAAGCAGCCGGAUCAGCGAGAAAACAGAACUUCUCCGUUCCAUCAGGACGUUUCAAAGCCCGCCUGUCAAGUCCAAGUCGAGUCCAAGUCGCCGAGCGCCGAAGUCUCUUCAUCUCCGAGAUCGUUGACAGGAGUCAAGUCAAAGACGCCGUUGACCGUGGCGAGAAAUCAAACCGCAGACGCGGUAGAUAGGAGAGCAGAGUGUCCUCCGGAAGUGGAGGAGGAAAUUUUAGAUAGCCAGCUCUCGGCGGCGGAGUCGAUACGAUCGCCGAGCAAGAGGAGAAUGGCGCCGAAACCCCCGGCCGCCGAUCCCGCGGAGGAAUUGCCUCCAAGUUCCAGCUUGUUCGCCAGAAAUCCCGGGGCGAAUUUCAAAUCGGACUCGCCGGUGGUCAGGGAGAAGGAGAAACGAGAGAGAGCCUCCUCCUGCAGCCCGAAGUUUCGCAAAGCUGUGUCAGACUUGCCGGACCCGACGAGCGCGCAAACGUCGGAUUCGGCGUCGAGGAGAACGAUAUCGCUGUCGCAGGACAGCUUGACGAGCGGGCCGGAUAUCCGGGAGGAAAAGAAGAGAGGCAGGCCGCGUUUCUCGUUGAAGAGGUUUCUGAGGAUGGGCUCGAGGAAGGACGUGGACAUGGUCGGCGGUCACGCGUCCAGCUCGAGGAUCGACGAGAUACCGUCGACGCCGCAACCGAAGCCACGACUGGAGAUUAUUCACCCGCUCGAGCUGGACGGCGCUGCCGUUGAAGUUGUGGGGAACGAUCGGAUCAACAGGAUAAACGAAGAUCAACCAGAUUCCUGCGGUCUCAGGAGCGACGCGGCAAGAGCAACUCGAUCACCGUUGUCCACCGGAUCGCACGCCGCUGUGAGACCAGGGAAACCACCACCACCGCCGAGGAACCAGUCUCUGGAGGAUUGGCCGAGGCUGGAUCCAACGAGCAAACCGGUCAGACCACCACCACCGCGAGUCGAGACCAAACAACCGCCGUCGAGAAGCGAAGUCAAGUCAUCCACCAAGUCGUCGUCGUCGUCGUCGUCGUCGUCGUCAACAUCGUCUUCGACGUCCUCGUCGUCUUCGUCUUCGUCUUCGUCGUCGUCUUGGCAACCGACAGCCUCGACCACCUCAGACUCGAUUUACGCGAAUCUGGCAGCGGAGGAUGUUACAGGUGAGGUGCGCAGCUCGUUGGCACCCUCGAAACCGCAAAGAACCGCCAGCAUGAGGGACCAAGCGACCUCGCAGCCGAUCGUCAAGAAACACGGCUCCUCAAGCCCGGCCCUUAAUCAGGAUUACGAGGCCGUUGCGGUCACUGCGCCACCAACCUCCGAUUCACUGACGUCUAACGACAGUCAUGUUUACGAGUGCCUUUCCAGCUCGCCGGAGUGCGACUCGAAUCUCGAGCUACGGCACGGCGGCGGAUCUCAUCUCACCUGCAAGAGGAAGUCCGACAGCAACGCGAUGGAACCAGGUGCGGAAUUCAAAUUCCAUCAUCAGACGUUCGUCAGAUCGACCUCGUUGGCGUAUUGCGGCAGCGAGACCGAGAGCGAGCUCUAUGCCCCGUAUGGUUUUUACACCGGCGAUGAGGGUCCCGAGGAGGAUCAAGACUGGAAGAACAAGGACGACGAAUUGAGGAUAAGCCGAUUGAGGCAACGCAGAGGUCGCAGCAUAGUUCAUCGAAGCCUCGAGGAUAACUACGGCGCGGUGGUCGUCGCCAAUCACGAGGCCCUCGCCCAGUUUCUCGACCAGCUGAACCAAACGCCUCAAACGCCGGCAGGGCUGCGAGCGUUGAAAAAUACGAACCCGCGUUUAAGCCACUUCGGCAUCGACGCCAAUACGUCGAUCACCGUCGGCAGAAGAAUAUUUUGCUCGGCGACGUGGAACGAGCUGAACGUCACUUUGUGCGUCGCCUUCGAUCUGGCCACCCACGUGUCGCGGAAGGAAUUUUAUUUGGCACCUGUGAUCGAGUUCAUAGACAGCCCGCCGAAGGAAAUUACCGACAGGGCGUGUCCACAUGGCAACAAACAGCUCGAAGCGACAAUUUCCGUACUGCCGCGUCUGCAAGCGAGCACGAUACAAUUGUUCGGCGCGUCGAUCAGGGAUUUGCACGACGAGGGGACAAUUAGAGAGGCGUCGUUCGUGCUUCUUCAAUUCGUCACCGCGUUGAAGAGCCUCCAAGCGCGAGGAAUCGAGGAAUCGGCAAGCAGCCUGAACAACGUGGUUCUUUGCCGAGAAGACAAGGACGCCUACUACAGGCUCUAUCUUCUUCAAGGAUUGAACGUGGAGACGAACGAGGAACGCGAGGAGGAGAGGGUCUCGUUGUGUCAGUGUGCUCUUGUGGCGCUUCAGCAGCUCAACUUGGUCAGCAGGUUGCCGCUGAUUCGUGAACUGCUCGUGAGGGAGAAGGCCGUCACCUUGUCUCAGGUGAAAUCCAUCCUGGAAUUUUCGCUGUGGGGCCCGGCGGACGUGACGUUCGGUGGCCCACGAGAAAGGGAGAUCACCCUCCAAAGAUGGCUGGAUCUGGAAAGAGCGAACGUUCUUCACGCGUUAGUGAGGACAAGGACGCCUCUCACCGUCACGGACGAGUACCAAUUGCUGUUCUUGGUUCGAACCAGCGCGAAGAUCAUGAGCGAAGCCUCGUUACUUCUGGACGAGCAACGAAAUCGUUUGGCUCGGCCUCGCUGACCGAUGGCCGAGCAGUGUCGUAGAAUCGAGUCUUUCAGAGAUCAAAUAUUAUUUAAUUAUUAUUUAUACACGUGACUGUCUAAUUGUACAUUAAAGGUGUUCCAAGUUUCGAGAAGCAUGCGUAGUUCUCGAGUGACAAGGAGAGCGAAACUAACUGAAGGACAGUGGCGAUUGUACAGAUGGAAAUUUGCGAGGCAACGCGAAUGUCGUGCGCAACUGAGCAUUCUUGUCUGCAUUUAAGAGUAACAAUUGUCUUUAAUUAUUGUCUCCGAUAGAUCGUAAUCUCAUUAAGUAUUUGUAUAAAUGAACAACAAACGUCGUUCAACGUAUUUCCUCUGGCGGACAAUUUUACGGUUGAUCCGAUUAAGAGGAAACGUUAAAUUACUGGAGCGUUUCGUCGCGCGGUUAUUGUCGCAAAUAAUAUUCAAGACAGAAAACUGCAGCAAGUUAACAUCCCCAUCGAUAUUUCUGUUUUAAAGCUACAUUUUAUACCUUUUUUUGAAAAUAUAUUUCGCUACCUUUGAGACAUUUUAUUUCAACAGAUGGUAUUUUAUAACAAUUUUGUUUCACAAAAAAAAAAAAAAAAAAAAACCAGGAACACUACUAUCAAGAUAAGCAACGAUAUCUGAAUAUUACGAGCAAGUGACACGUUCAAGACGAAGCGGUGUUCAACUUUGAGGCAAAGCGAAAUGACAACAACUUUUGUAACGUGCGUGUAUGAUUCUGAAUUUUCAGAAUCGUUCUACCUUUGGAAAUAAAAGGGAACGUGACUUAUCCCCGUUAUGAUUCUCAAUAUUUGA